AGUCUGACACGUAAUAGGGCUCCACUAGUCAGUAGUAGUCACGUCUCCCUCUCUCCCUGCAUUUCAUUACUCUUUUAACCCUUGAUGAUUAUGACGACCGCCGCCGCAACCACCUUCUCCUCCGUCGUACCUACCACCUCCUCUUCACCAUCUCCGACACUCAAAACCCUAGGUUUCACCACAGCCUUUCUCUCAUCCAAAACCUCCUUCAAAUCACUCCACGCUCGCGUGUUUCCAUCCAACAUGACCUCUGUCUCCGCUAUGGGAGCUCGUAUGGUUGCAUCUCCGACGAUCACCAAGUCUCCGGCGUCUCUCGAUUUCGAAACCUCUGUUUUUAAAAAGGAGAAAGUCAACCUUGCUGGUCACGAAGAGUACAUUGUGAGAGGAGGUAGAGAUUUGUUUCAUCUAUUGCCGGAUGCAUUUAAAGGGAUUAAGCAGAUUGGUGUCAUUGGUUGGGGUUCUCAGGGUCCUGCACAAGCUCAGAAUUUAAGGGAUUCACUUGCAGAAGCAAAGUCUGAUAUUGUAGUGAAGAUUGGGCUGAGGAAGGGUUCGAGUUCGUUUGCUGAGGCUCGUGGUGCUGGUUUCAGUGAAGAGAAUGGGACUCUUGGAGAUAUAUAUGAAACUAUUUCUGGUAGUGAUUUGGUCCUGCUAUUGAUAUCUGAUUCAGCUCAGGCUGAUAAUUAUGAGAAAAUCUUCUCCCACAUGAAACCAAACAGCAUUCUCGGACUUUCACACGGUUUCCUUCUUGGUCAUUUACAAUCAAUAGGUCUUGAUUUCCCCAAAAAUUUCAGUGUGGUUGCUGUAUGCCCCAAGGGAAUGGGCCCAUCGGUUAGAAGGCUAUACGUUCAAGGAAAAGAGAUCAAUGGAGCCGGGAUCAAUGCUAGUUUUGCUGUCCAUCAGGAUGUUGACGGUAGAGCCACCGAUGUUGCACUUGGAUGGUCAGUUGCUCUUGGUUCACCUUUUACAUUUGCCACUACACUAGAGCAGGAGUAUAAAAGUGAUAUAUUUGGAGAAAGAGGUAUUUUACUUGGUGCCGUGCACGGUAUCGUGGAGUCAUUAUUUAGAAGGUACACAGAACAAGGUAUGACUGAAGAUCUGGCUUACAAGAACACUGUAGAAUGCAUAACCGGAGUAAUAUCAAAGACCAUAUCGACUAAGGGUAUGAAGGCUGUCUAUGAGUCACUCUCAGAAGAAGGCAAAAAAGAUUUCUUGAUUGCAUACAGUGCUUCUUAUUAUCCGUGCAUGGAAAUCUUGUACGAGUGUUACGAGGAUGUGGCUAGUGGCAGUGAGAUUAGGAGCGUUGUUUUGGCUGGUCGCCGUUUUUAUGAAAAAGAGGGUCUUCCAGCGUUCCCAAUGGGCAAAAUCGAUCAAACCCGGAUGUGGAAAGUUGGUGAACGGGUCCGUGCUACCCGACCCGCCGGUGAUUUGGGCCCGUUAUAUCCUUUUACAGCAGGUGUCUACGUAGCACUAAUGAUGGCCCAGAUUGAGGUAUUAAGGAAGAAAGGGCACUCUUAUUCUGAAAUCAUCAAUGAAAGUUUAAUCGAAUCUGUGGAUUCGUUGAACCCUUUCAUGCAUGCUCGAGGUGUUUCGUUCAUGGUGGACAACUGUUCCACUACUGCGAGGUUAGGGUCAAGAAAAUGGGCUCCACGGUUCGACUACAAUCUGACCCAACAGGCCUUAGUUGCAGUGGACAAUGGCGCGCCAGUGAACCAGGAUCUGGUUAAGAGCUUCUUUGAAGAUCCGGUUCAUGAUGCAGUCAAAGUGUGUGCAGAGUUGAGACCCACCGUCGAUAUCUCGGUGCCUGCAGAUGCUGAUUUUGUGAGACCCGAGCUGCGUCAAUCGAAUAACUAAAAUGGGAUGAGUUAAGUUAUUUACGUUAUACACCUGCCGUGGUGUUUAAAGUUAUGUUAUGUAUGGCGUGUUUGUUACGGAUGCGUUUUUGGUGGUUCGUUGGAUUUUGUAAUUUUGGAAUAAUGGUGGUGUUGGUGUAUGGUCUUGUUUUCAGAGUUCUAUGCUUGUUACAGCUUAAAAUAUAAAAAAAAAAUAACAUAAUGUGUA